CUACAACUCACCAAGAGCAGCGCGGUGCAAUACACAAGAACUUUGUUGACCUUACUGGCUUCAGGGAGAUCACCGGCCAGGAUGUUUUUGGCCGGUCUUCAAAGGAAGGCGGCCGCAGACCCCAUAAAACAGACCCGCUCCAUGAAGAGGUGGGAGGCGGACCUCUUCAGCAAUAUGCUGACUUCGGAGAACGGUCGGGUUGCCCUACGACUCGCUUGGGUCACAGCCAGUCGGUGGGGCGAAAUCGCUCUACUCCAAAAGGAAAAUUUUAUUCCCCACCCUCAACACAAGGAAGCCCUCAUUGUAGACUGGGGGGCUCUCCCAAAGACGUUCAAAAUCGACCCUCACAGAGCGGCAAGAUACGUGGUUAUCGGGGGAGAAGAUGCAAAAAGGGUGAGAGGCGUCACCACGGGAAUGGUGGAGGGGGAACGGCUCACAACUUUAACCACAAGAGACAUGGAAAACCUACUCCGCCCAUUCGGCAUGACAGUACAUUCUAUCAAAAGAGGGACGCUGGCGCAUGCAGGCGCAGCGGUGAUCGAACACGACCUCGACCCUCGACUACUAGCCCAGUUGGGGAAACACGCAGACCCCCUAGAGCUGCCACGCAGCACAGCUCGUUACAUAGGGCCUUGGGUCGCCCUGGUAAACAAGUCGGCACACCUGACGGCACACAUGUAG